AUGACUACCCCACGCCCCAUCAAAGGAGCUGAAAGUUUGCCAUCGCAGUGGUCAUUCACGGAAGAUUUGGCUGGUUUCGAUAUCCCGAUCCGCUUGGAGGGAGAGAUUGGGGACGUCAUGGUGCGCGGAACGAUUCCUAAGAGUAUUGAUGGAACGUUCUAUCGUGUCUGUCAGGAUCUCGCUACUCCGGCUCCAAAAGGAUUGAGUCCCAUUGGCGGCAACGGAUCUGUUACAGCUUUCCGAAUCCAUGAUGGUCAUGUCGACUUCAAAGUCCGUUACGUUCACAACGAUCGGUACAAGAUCGAGAGGAACGCGAAGAAGACUCUCUGGUCAGAUAUCAUAAACGAACCGCUGAGUCAACAACACCCGUGUAUUAGUGCUGUGCUAGGCGCUACUAGCAACACAAACAUAAUUCACUGGGCUGGAAGAUUGCUUGCCCUUGUAGAAAUACACCCGGCGUAUAGUAUGGAUCCCGACACGCUUGAGACCACUGGAGAGGAUCCUUUUGGCGACCAAAUUACCACCACUAGUUUCACGGCACAUCCACACGUCGACCCGCAUAUCGAUGAGCUCGUUACGUACAGCCUUGACUUCAUGAAAAAGGAAAUCAUUUCGUAUUCUAUCGAUCGUCAGGGCACCGUUAAGAAUGAGCACUUGUUCAAGCAGUCCCAUUUCGGUACUGUUCAUGAUAUGGCUAUCACAGAUAAUUGGAACGUCUUCUGCCAGUGGCCGACCCUCCCCAAUCCCAGCAAAGAGCCAAGUGCUUCCCCUAUCAUAUGGGAUACUGAGCGGCCUGCUAUGUUCAUAGUAACCCCACGACGUCCGGAGUCGCCUUUAGAGGGUUCAGGAUGGGUGCCAUAUGAAAUCCGCAUCUACACUCAUCCUUACAAUUCCGAGAUAUUGCACACGGCAGGAGCCUGGGAAGAGGAUGGAAAGAUCUUUUUCGAAGGUGUUUGGCCCCAUCAUGGACACUUUCCGUUUUGGCAACAGGCGAAUGGGAAACCCGUCGCGAAAACCGAGCUGUGCGAUCUGGUUAGGCUCGAGAUCGAUCCCAGCAAGCCUACGAACUCUUCCAUCCCUGAUCCUGUUGUCCUCGUUGACAUUCCAAACGAGUUUUGCCGAAUCGACGAACGCUACCAAUGCAGGAAGUAUGACAAGAUCUUCAUGAACGUAUUUCACUCCCAGGAUGGAAGUCUGGACCUGUUUGAGAACAAGCAUAUUUACCAAGGACUCAAUGCUACCGCAAUGCUCACCAAGAGCACGGGGGAGCUUAAGAUCUACUCUCCCGGGCCGCAAUGCCGUUGUCAAGAACCCGUCCACAUUCCGCGCUCUGACGAUGCCCCUGAAGGCGAUGGAUACAUCAUCUUCGCUGUCGAUCGUCUUGAUGUCAAUCUCACCAAUGUUGUCAUUCUCGAUACUGCGGGUGAUUUCCAGACUCCGGUAGCAGUUAUUGAGCUGCCAAUGCGUAUGCGAGCUCAAAUUCAUGGCAAUUGGGUUGACGCAAGAGAACUGAGUGGUAAACCUCUGGUAGCCCCUCCGCCACUGACCCAUAUGAACUGGCACCGUGUCAAGCCGAACCGUGGAAUUUCCGUUAAUGCAUGA